AUGGUUGGAGAGUGGAAACCACAAAACGGCCAAGUGCAUGAUGAGAUCGACCCCCGCAUCCCAACCGAUAACAAAGACUUCAUCCGCAGCAACACGGGCACGAUGGAUGAUGAUGACGAUGUUGCUACCGCGGAUGAAGCUAUUACCGGUGCCGGGAGUGCUAGCAACACGAGGAAGAGGGGCAGGCAUGCAAACCGCCAAAUUCGGGAACUUGAAGCCAUGUUCCAGCAUUGUCCCCACCCCGAUGAGAGUCUACGUAUGGCCCUCGGCGAGAAGGUGGGCAUGGAUCCUCUUCGGGUCAAGUUCUGGUUCCAGAAUCGACGCAAUGCAAAGAAGAACCAGAAUGAGCGUCAGCAGAACAUGGUGCUCCGGACGGAGAACCUUAUGCUAGCAGAAGAGAAUCGAGCCAUGAAGGCGGCGAUGCUGAAGAAGACGUGCCCCACAUGCAAAGGCCCGAUGGUGUUCAUUAAGCCGCUGGCCCCGCCGGAGCUGCUACGCCUACACAUGGAGAACGAGAGGCUCAAGGCCGACCUCCUCCGCAGGACGGCCUACCUCCACGGCGUCUCUGCUGGGACUGCAGGCCCCUGUUGGCAGAACUGUUGGCUUGAGACGUUCCCCGAUAUCGUGUCAAGUGUUUCCGCCAGCAACAUCGGCCGCGGUUGUAUAUGCCAAGGGGGGGUCAUACUGCUGAAUGCAGGCCUUAGGGUGCUGUCGCCAGGGGUGUCGAGUUGCACUGUGAAGUUCGCGAGGCAGUGCCAGAUGAUAGAGCAAGGCAUUUGGGCCGUGGUGGACGUGUCUCUUGAUGCCCAUGGCACAUCUGAGCUCAGAGCAUGGGACACUGGCCUGCCGGGGGACUGCCGGGUGCUGCCCAGUGGGUGUCUUAUCAAGGACAUGAACAAUGGCUACUGCAAGGUGGCAAUGAUCGUGAACGCGGAGUACGACAAGGGCUUCAUGCCGGCGCCGCUCCACCCGCUGCUGAGAUCAGGGCAUACCUUCAGCGCACGCCGCUGGCUGACAUCCCUCCAGAGGAGGUGCGAAUUCCUUGCGCAGCGCUUGAGCCCCGCCUAUGGCAUCAGCAGGGCAGGUGGUGCCAUAACGCCCGAGGGGCGAAACAACGUCCUGGAGCUGGCACGGAGGAUGACGGAGAGCUUCUAUGCGGCCAUCUCUGCGCCCAGGGGCGAGGCGUGGCGCAAGAUCGCCGACUGGCGCGGCCGCGACGAGUCUUUCCAGCUGGGCAUGCACGUGGUGACCACGCUCGCUGCGCCGGGAGAGCAGGCGGCCGGGCCCGUGCUGUGCGCUACGACGACGGGUCGUGGUCGUGGUAGAGCCAGCUGCAACAAGAAGCUCAUCCUGCAGCAGGCCUGCGGCGACGCGCCGUGCAUGGUGGUGGCGUACGCUCCGAUUGACGCGGGAGAGCUCAAGGACGUGAUGCAUGGGGGCAGCCGUGCCUCUCUCCCCCUGCCGCCCUCCGGGUUCGCCAUCCUUCCUGACGGCGUCGGCGACAUGCAGAUUGAUCCGCUUGAUGCCAACCCCUCCGCGGCCGACCCCAUAGACCACCAGAAGAACCGCGGAUCUCUCGUCUCUGUCCUGUGGCAGACACGCCUGAUUGGAGGGAACCUCACCGCACAGACCGUCGACAACGUCGGGAAUAAUGUCUACGGUUCCAUCAUGAAGAUCAAGGACGCCGUCCAUGCCAAGAGGGUUAUCACCGUCUGA